AACGUCCAAAGCUGGUGUCCGAAGCGGUCAAAACAUUGGUGUGCGACGUGUAAAAGAUGUGUUGGCGUGUGUGUCAUGGGAUGUGCACCUGACAGCUGCUGCUGCUGCUCUCUCUGGCACUGUGGCACUGUGUGGGGCCAGGUGGCACCAUCCCCGCCAUUGUUCCUGGUGAUAACACAGAGGCUCGGCUCUAUCAGUCUCAGGGGCGUCGCCACAGCCUAGGGGACCUUCCUUCAUAUUUAUGUUGAGCAUAAUGGACUCGGCUGGUGAUGACGGCAAUCUUCACUGGACUACCAUAGUUAUAACUUGCUCGUCUGCAAGUGUAAGAGAAGGAGUGGAAGAAGAAUGUAAUCGGCUGUCUAAGGGUGGACUUUUACCCAGUCAUGACCUCCUCUUGGUGUUGGAUGACCCACGGCCGGAAGGCCACCUGGUGAAACAUGAGUCUGAAUUUCAGCCAGGCCCAGGUGUUGGAAGUGGAGGAGCGACAAUUAAUGCCCUUCUUGUGACAAUAGAGAGGCUUUCUGCCCAGCAAGGUCAUACUACAAUCAGCAGUGAACUUGUUCACAGUAGCCGCAUUCUUGUGGUACAUCAUGGUCGUCUUCUAGUCCAUUCUCCAGGUGGCACUGCAUUCCUCCGCCUUUCACCAGAACAGACAUUUGUGCCACCUUGUGCCAAAAUCUCGCCACCAACUCUGCUUCAACAUACCAUUUGGAUGACAACUAAAAUAAGUGCAAAUAGCAAAACUGGAGUCUGGGUAACUUCAUUAGAUGCUUUUCUGCCAUAUUCUUCCCUGCUAUGCCCUCCUCAUACUGAUGGUGUUGAUGGUGCUAUUGUGUGCACGGUGGCAGCCCCCUUGCAGCACGCCGCACACCAUGGGGUAGUUAUUGCUGCCAAUGGUCAAGAUAUUAGCAAAAUGGAAUAUAGGAUGCCACUUGAGGAAAUGAGGAAAGUAUUUCCAGAAGGCAUUGGCACAGUAAUCUCAGGAGUGGUGUUCCUCAGUGGCUCACUUACCGAGCAGCUGCUUGGCCUGCACACGGUGCCCCCCCUUGACCGCUGUACCUACUAUGGCAUGGACAGUGGUGUGCCACCGCUACAGGUGUCUUUAUACUUUGAUCUGUUGCUACCACUGUGUCAUGGGGUUGCAUACAACGAGUACAUCACUGGUCAGUGUGGGGCCGUCUAUGCUCAGGCAUCCAGCUACAACGGCUUUGCUCAGCAGGAGUCUCGAGCUGCCAGACUCCAGAUUUGGAAGCAGCUACAAGGUCAUAAAGCUUGUUAUCACCUUCUAGAAGGCACGAGACAUCAUUAUUUAGGAUCAAACUUACCAUUUGAGCUCUCCAUAAUGCCAUUAUUGCCUUCUACUAGCAUUGUGCACACAGACAACAUUAAUGCAGCUGCCUCAAAUGAGCAAGUUGUCACAGUGAACUCGUUCAUUCAAGGAGAAGUUAAGUCACUGCAUGAAAAAAUACAUAUCCUUGAUUCCUGGGUCGGUAAAAAUGUUUCCAUAACCUCAAAGGGUCCUUGUGUUUUCUUAGGGAUGCAGUUACAGGAAUCAAGUAUAGUCAUUAAUUCACCAAGUGGACAUGUUUGGCAGAUGUACCCUGGAGAGAAAGAUGACGUAGUCACGUGCCACGGAUUCAGUGAUGACUUAUCAAGGGUACAACAUGACGGAAAGAUAACUAUCUUCAACACUGAAUGGGCUACAUUCCUUGCCAGAACUGGACUAAAUAAGGACGACUUGUGGCCAGAUGUCAAGAGCCAUAAUCAAACGGCUUUAACAGCCAAAUUGUUUGUUUUGAAUUGUUCUAUUGAGGAACAAAUCCAAAUAAUCGUGACUUUAAUUGGAGCAAUUACUGACGAUGAGACUCAAUUAAAAUGGAUGUCAAAAAUUGAAGGGUGGAAAAGCUGCUCUAGAGUUUCACUCUUAGAGGCUGCCUCAAGGUGUAGCCUUAAGAAAAUAAUGAAAGAACGAGAAGAUAUAUACCUGGAGACUGUGAAGCAGUUCAUCGAAGAGACUGCAGAUGACGUAGGCGGAAAAUCUCUACUUCAGUACUUUAAUUACCUGGUGACAAGUAAGGACAUUUUUCUGGCUAAUAUGGUUUAUUCAUUCCUUGCAUUACAAGGAAGUAUAAUAUAUGUGUGUGCAUUUGAAGCUGGAAAUCAGAGAGUGGCACUGGACCAUAUGACAAAGGUCUGCACACACUGGAUCAAGUCAGGUCGCCCUGAAGACUUAAUCAGAGCUGCCAGACAUUUUGAACGAGCCUCUCAGAUAGUCAUUAGCAAACAGGUGGAGACAGCUGAUAUACAUGUAUCAGCUAUGUGGGUACUGCCAGAACUCUGCCUAAGACAGAAUGUUGGGGUAUGGGUGGAAGCCCAUUCACCUGCUCGCAUUGACCUGGCUGGAGGGUGGUCUGAUACGCCACCCAUUUGUUAUGAACAAGGAGGAGCAGUACUAAACAUUGCUAUCAAGAUUAACAAGAAAAAGCCUAUUGGUGCUCGGGUGCGAAUCACCAGCGAAUUCCACAUUGUGUGUACACUCCGUGAUUGGUCGGGUGGAGACGUCCGCCUGACUUGGACCACGCUAGAUGACUUGCGAGAUUAUGACAAUCCUGUUGCUCCGGGUGCUCUGGUGAAAGCUACACUACUUUACUGUAAAGUGGUGGACCUAACUAGUGAAGAUUCUCUGGCUGUACAGUUGAAGGAUAGAUAUGAUGGUGGCUUGGAGGUUGAAGUUUGGUCCCAUUUGCCACAAGGUUCAGGACUAGGAGGGAGCAGUCUAUUGGCAGGGGCGUUGGUUUCUGCCAUCAUUGUGUUGCUGGGACAUCCACCACCCCGCCACUCACAUCUCAUCCAUGCCACCUUGUGUAUUGAACAGUGGCUUACAACUGGUGGUGGAUGGCAAGACCAGGUUGGUGGGCUUGUAGGAGGAGCCAAGCUGGGAGUGAGCAGGAAAGGAACACCUGUCACUGUCUCUACUUACAAGAUCCCUCUGUCCCAGACUUUUAUUGACCGUCUUAAUGAGCAUCUCCUCUUACUUUAUACUGGGAAGAUACAUUAUUUUAAUUUUAAAUGCUCUAUACUGUAUAAUUAUUACAGUAUUUUUAACAAUAAAAUACUGUAUUACUCAUUGACUAACACGCCUAACAACAAGAAGAUUAAGCAAGGCAUUUAUUUCCAGGUGUCCAAGCUCAUGGCCACCUUACACAAUCACUGUCUGGGCAUGUCUCUGGCUGGAGCUGGUGGAGGCGGCUACCUUUAUGCAUUAAAGGCCAGACCUGGACCGCUGGAAGACAGUGUUGACCUUGGUGGGUUAACCAGCGACUGUGUCGAAGUGGACCAGCAAGGGCUAGAGUUAUGGGUAGGGGGAGAAACGGUCACUCAAGUUAAUGAAGAUGAUGUUUUGACCCAUGAGAAGUGGCUGACACUGCUUGAAAUGAUACAAGUACCGUAGUUAGCAAUAUUUCAGCUCAGUAUAAUGGAGACGUUAUUUUUAUGCUCGUAUGACAAAGUAGUAAAAGGCUUCUGUUUCUCUUCACUUCCAUUUAUAUAUUUGCCGAUAUUCCAGAAUCAGUCUUUAUGCCCUCUUUAAGCAAUCUUAUUAUUGACAAUUGUAGACCAAACUGAAACACUUAUAAAUAUCUUAAUUACUGUGAUAUCCCAUAAAUUUUAUAAAAAUG